AUGAUGAACAGCAGUAGAGCGCGGGUGCCAAAAUGCGCUCGGUGCAGGAACCACGGCCUCAUCUCCAGCCUGCGCGGUCACAAGAAAGCCUGCGCAUACCGCCACUGCCAGUGCCCUAAGUGCGGCCUCAUUAAGGAAAGGCAACGGAUUAUGGCUGCACAGGUAGCACUGAAGAGGCAGCAGGCGGCGGAAGACAAAAUAGCGUUGCAUCUGGCGUCAGUAGAGAGUGGUACAGCGUUAGAGACAUUACCACCAGGGCGGAUUUAUGGCAUGCGGGUCACAGGACCUUGCCCAAGUCCGGGACCCGAACCAGAUUCUGCCCACGAAGACCAAACUCCUAUCCAUAUAGACAGCGAGACCAGCGAUUCCCUGCCGGACUGCGCGUCCCCUGACUCCGCGGGCAGUGCCCUAUCAGCCAGACCACGUCUCCAAAAUGAAGAUACGGCAGAAAGCGAAGGCACAGUGAGUACGGCGGGUAUAGAGAUGCUGAGGAAGUUGUUCCCGGGCAAGAAACGAUCUGUCUUAGAAUUAGUACUGCGACGGUGCAAUCAUGACUUGCUGCGGGCGGUUGAGCAUUGCAAUGCUAUUCAUGGUCAACACGAUAAGGUGUCAUCUCUCGGCGCCGGAUCCAGUACUAGUUUCGAAACGUCAGUAUCAAGUUCUGAGGAAGUUGAGUCUAGAUGGUCCGCUUUCCGUCCCGUCGGUCCCCGGGCACCGCUACUGCCGGCUUUAGUGAUGGGCCGAGUCUGCGGCUCGGAUUGGCUGGUGCCAUUGCCAGCGUUGCCGGCUCUAAGCACUCCGUUACUGUUUCCUUUACAGCAUCCCCACGGACCCCAAGCUCCCUGCAACCCAUGUUCUCCUGAUUGCAGACAAUGUAAUCGCCAUUAA